GCUUUGACGGUUACCGACAAUCUCGGACGACUGUUCUCCUAGUACGUAGCCUAAGUUGUAGUGGUGAAGAUGGUCAUCAUCAGCUCUGCCACCCCUCCGCCCGAAAGACAUUACCGAGAUUCGCCCAGUGACUCUGUAUCUCCCGCUCCGGGAUCCCGAGUCUGGACGCAGUGGGCUUGGAUCAGUGUUGGAGGGUCUUGCCGGGGCAGGGACCCGGGAUUUCUGUGUGGGUAACUGGACAUGACUGGGGAAUGAAUACGAAGGUUGGGAUUGAAUUGUGCAUUUGUUGAGGGGAGAGUGAAUCAGUUGCGUUGGUUGUCAC